CCGGAUCCUCUCAAGGGGCCGUGCCGGCCACGCUGACGAGCACAAGGGCGGCUUCCAGCGCUCACAGAGAGGCAUGCUGGGGCCUGCCGAGGCCCAAGCUGCAUCGAGGUCGGCAGCGAGCAAGGCGGCAAUUCCUCGCAGCACGGAGUCGCGAGCGGCAUCGGGCGUGGUCUGUGCGCACCGGCUGCGCAGACAAAGGCAACCCGCACCGCGCGGCGCGCGCCGCGCCGCCGUCGGCCUUGUCCUCAUCCUCGACGCAUCGCGCCCUCGUCAAGGCCGUAUCGCGGAAAUUGGGGCGCCCUUUGCAAGGCCGAGGCAAGGCCGCGGCAGGGCGUUCGGCCGAGGCUGCUGCUGCGCUCACGGCGCCGGAGUGUCGCGCGCCGCGGCGCCCAUCCAUGACUGCCUCCACCACCCCUCGCCAUGUCCGCGUCCCCGGCGCCUCGCGCCGUGCUGCGUGACGAUGCGCUGCUCGACGCUCUUGAUGCGAGCGCUCAGGACGCCGCAGCCGUCGCUGCCAGUGGCCUGCCUCUGAACGGAGACUCCACCGCACCGGCGACAGCGGCAGCGCGCCUCUCGGCCACGGCCCUGACGCCGCGCCAGUACCAGUGGCAGCUGUUCGAGAGGGCGCGCGAGGGCAACGUCGUCGCCGUGCUCGACACGGGCGCCGGCAAGACGCUCGUGUCCGUGCUGCUGCUGCAGCAUGUGCUCGACGAGGAGACGGCGCGCGUCGAGAGCCUCGCUGCCGUGGCGGAUGGCGCACCGCCGCUGCGCCGCCGCACAUCCGUCUUCCUCGUGAACCAGGUGCCGCUCGUCCACCAGCAGGCGCAGGUCAUCAGCGACAACUCGACGCUCAGCGUCGGCAAGCUCUUCGGCGAGCUCGGCGUCGACACGUGGUCCGCACCGCAGUGGGCCGAGAUGAUGGGCGGCCGCUACGACGUGCUGGUCGCGACGGCGCAGUGCGUGCUGACGGGGCUCAUCCAUGGCUUUGUGCGCAUGGCCGACCUGGCGCUCGUCAUCUUCGACGAGGCGCACCACGCUGCUGCCACGCACCCGUACGCGCGGAUCAUGUCCUGCUAUCGCGCCGCCGAUGGCGCACACCUGCCGAAGAUCUUCGGCAUGACGGCAUCGCCGCUGAAGAGCAGCUCCAGCUUCGAGGAGGCGGCGUCGGACCUCGAGGCGAUGCUCGACGCGCGCAUCUUCACGGCGCCGCUCUCGGCGCGCCUCGAGCUCGCCGAGGCGGUGCAGAAGCCGCGCGAGCUGGUGGUGGAGUACGACGCGCCGCCGGCGAUGCCGCCGAGUCAGCUCACGAAGCUCAUCGAGGAGUCGUGCGGCCAUCUCGAUGGCAUCGAGAAGGUGCUCGACCGCAUCGAGUACACCAACGCCGAGCUCGGCCCGCUGAUGGCCGACCUGGCGUGGGUGGCCUCGCGUGCGGACUUGCGCGCCAGUGCCGAGCGCAACGAGCGUCUGGCGCGCAUGCCUACGGAGCAGCUCGAGCUCGAGCUCAUCAACCGGCGCUGGCGCGGCGGCAGUGCCCCGCUGGCAGCGCCUGGCGCCGCGGAGGCAGCAGCACCGGCAGACCCUGAGCGCAGACAGAAGCUGCAGAGCAAGGCGGCGCUGAACCGGGCCAUCUCCGACGUGCUGGCACGCGUGCCUCUGCCCGAGCAGCUCACCGUGACGGAGGCUAACUCGUGUCCCAAGGUUCAUCGGCUGCUCGAGGUGCUGGCGUGCUUCGGCGUCAACACGCACGUCGCCAGCUCGCUCUGCGGCAUCAUCUUUGUUGCGCGGCGCACAACGGCCGUGGCCCUCGUGGAGCUCAUCCGGCGCCUGCCGCAGCUGAGCUUCAUCUCGGCAGAGUGGCUCGUGGGCCACAACCCUGCGGCCGACAUCGGCAUGAGCUGGCAGACGCAGAUGCACGUGCUGGAGCGCUUCCGCAGCAAGCGCACGAAUCUGCUUGUCGCGACGACGGUGGCCGAGGAGGGCCUCGACAUCCGCUCGUGCAAUCUCGUUAUCCGCUUCGACAUGUUCGACACGCACAUUGGCUUUGUGCAGAGCCGCGGGCGUGCGCGCCACCCGGACAGCCGGAUCAUCAUGAUGCUGCAGCGCGAGCACGAGGCGUCACUGAAGACGCUGCGCGCCGUGGCACGCGCCGACGGCGAGACGAAGGAGUGGUUGCGCAAUCUGCCGGCCGACCGCCUGGCCGAGCUGGCCGUCGACGAGGAUGGACAGGACACGCCGCCCGAAGAGCACGUGUGGCUCGACUCGGAGGCCACCGGCGCGCGCCUGUACCCCGCCGACGCCAUCCCGCUCGUCUGCCGCUACGUCGCCAUGCUGCGUCAAGACGAGUACUCGCCGAUGACACCUGACUUUACCGUUCUGGCUCUCGACGAGGGCUUCAUGGCGACACUCAAGCUGCCCGCCAACGCCAAGGUGCGCAGCGUGGUCGGGCCGCUGGCGCCGCGCAAGAAGAGCGCCAAGCGGCUCGCGGCGUUUGAGGCGUGCUGUGCGCUGCGCAAGAUCGGCGUGCUCGACGAUCACCUCGUGCCGCGCCUGCCGCCCAAGCCGGGCAAGGAGCUGCCGUUCGAGCGCAACGAGCAGGGCGAACUGCUCGGCACGCGCUCGCGCCAGGUCGCUCACUUUCUCAAAGACGCCGCGCCGUUCGGCAUUCUCGCUGAGGGUGACCUGCAGAUGCAUGCCACGCUGCUGCGUGUGCCGCGCCACCAGGCGGGCAAGUCGUUUCGCGACUUUUGCAUGCUCACCAGCGCGCCGGUGCCCGCCAUUCCCUCGUUCAACCUGCUCUUCCACGAGGGACCGCUGCCGUUCGCCGGCGUCGAUGGCUCGACAGUCAUGAGUCUCUCCCGCGAGGCUGCCGCCAACGCGCGCGAGUAUACGAUGCGCCUGGUGCGCUACAUGACGCGCCGGAACUGGACGUGCGAAGCAUUCCCCUUCUAUCUCGUGCCGUUGGUCGGCGGCGGAAGCGCUGCGACGGAUGUGGACUGGGAGGAGGUCGCCCGCGGCGGCUCCCCCGGCGACGACGUGCAGCUGCUCGCCGAUACCGAUCUGCUACCAAAGCGUGGCUCGCAGCUCGAUUCGCUCGCCGAUCGUGUGCUAGCCGAGUCGCCCAAUGUCAACUCGACGCCGCUGUAUGAGGCGACUGGCCUGCGCUCCGACCUCAACCCACACUCGACGCUCGACCCAGAGCGCGACGCGCACAUGCGCGAGGCCCAGGCCGGCUCGUACGCAGAGUACAACACCAAGACGUUCUGGAGCACGCGCACGCCGCCGGGCGAGCCCAGCGCGACCGAGCCGCUCAUCAGCGUGGAGAAGCUCGGCCGCGUGGAGAACUUUCUGUCGUCGAGCGUGAAGCGACAUGGCCAGUCCAAGCGGUCGAGCGCCAGCCUCUUGAUCCCGUCGCGCAGCUGGCUGCACCGCCUGGGUGCCGCUGCGAUGCGCUCCUCGCUGGUGCUGCCAUCGAUCCUGACGCGCAUGGAGCAGUUUGUUCUUGCCCGUGAGGCAAACCGCCUGCUCCUUCGCUCACGCCUCGACGACACGUAUCUGCUCGUGGCGCUCACGGCGCCGUCGGCAAAGCAGAGCUUCACAUACGAGCGCAAGGAGUUCCUCGGCGACACGGCGCUGAAGCUGAUUGCGACGUGCUAUGUCUUUGCGAAGCGGCCCGACGAUGCCGAGGGCGCGCUCGAUCUCGCGCGCAAGGAGAUCGUGGCGAAUGCCGUGCUGAUGCGCAUUGCCGAGCGCCACGAGCUCUGGCGCUACGUGCACGUGCAGGACCUGUCGCGCAAGAUCUACCGGCCCUCCAACUUUGUGCUCGUUCCUAAUGUUCUGCAAGACGCAGCAGCCGAGGCAGCCCCCGGCGCAGACAGCGAGCAAGCCCCAGAAGCAGCCUCCGAGCAGGUCUCGGAGACAGCCACGGGCCCUCCUCAGCUCGACGCGAUGGACACGGCGGGUUCAGUCGGCCGCGAGAAGGUCACGAGCGAAAAGACGCUGGCGGACCUGGUCGAGGCGCUGCUGGGCGCGUCGCUCGAGACGGGCGGCAUCGACAGCUGUCUCCAAACGGCGAGCGACCUCGGCGUGCUCCCCGAGCGCAUUGAAAGCUGGGCUAAACUGCAAGCCGUGCACAGCGCGCAGCUCUCCAGCGACGGCCUCGAGGGCGAGCGCGUGAGCCUCGGCGCGCUGCGCAAGCUCGAGGCAUGGCUGCAGUACAUCUUCCGCUCGCCGCACCUGGCGCUUGAGGCGCUUACCCACCCGAGCCUGCUGGCGAGUGCGCUGCCGAGCUUCGAGCGCCUCGAGUUCCUCGGCGACGCGAUCCUUGACUUUUUCGUCGUCGAGCACUUUCGCAUCACGUAUCCGGAGCUCGACGAGGGCGGCCUGACGGUGCUCAAGGUGAGUAGGACGAAGGGUCGUCGGCGCGAGGUGCUGACCGUCGUGCUGCAGUCCAAUGCCGUCUCGAAUGCGGCACUUGGCGCACUGGCCGAGUCGACUGGCCUGUACAAGUUCCUUCAACAUGCGCAGCCAGAUCUGACGCAGGCGAUCGUCGAGUUCACCUCGGAGUGCCGGCUGCGCCGCGAAGCUGAGGAGCGCCAGGCUCACGAGGCACGCACGCAGUACUGGCACGGUCUGGCGCCGCCCAAGGCCAUUGCGGACAUCGCCGAGUCGCUGCUCGGCGCCGUCUUUGUCGAUGCGGGCUUCAGCCUCGCCGCGGCGCAGGGCGUCUUCGACCGCUUCUUCCUGCCGUUCGUCAAGCGCUACGUGUCGCCGGCGACGACCGUCAUUGCCUCGUCGAAGACACUGGCGAGCAUGCUGCACUCGCGCGGCUGCACCGACUGGCUCGUCGAUUUUGUCGACGGGCCGAGUGCGCCCGCCGAGACGCCGCUGGUGGGUCUGUUCGGCAGCGCACCGCAAGGCGGCACCAGCGUGGUGCGCUGUCGCCUCGUCUGCCAUGGCAAGGUGCUGGCCGACGCAACGGGCAAGAGUGACUUCGCUGCAGCAGCUGUGCGUUCCGCGCUGACAGCCGCGCACAGGCCGCAAGGCCGCGAUGAUGGCGUCCGCACAGCUUCUGGAGGCCGAAAGUGAGUGCCUGCCGAGUGUUUGUUGCCCUGCGGCCCACUGACUCGCCCUAGACUUUGCGGCGCUCGAUGCGCUUUGCGACUGCCGCAAGAAGGGAGCAGCACGCGAGAACUGAGGUCCCUCCACCGGCGCGCAGGCCGCGCCGGGCGGCGACGAGAGCGAGUAGGCGCAGGAUGGACACGAGGCGUCACCGUCACCAUGAACACCGCGGCACGCAUAAAUCAAUGCAUCGCCAUCACCCCUGCAGGCGCUGCACGAGC